AGAGCAAUUUGCAAAUGUCCCUAACGGCUUCCCGUCCGCUACGUACCAAACCGGAAGAUUCAUCGUUAUCUUGACACGUAGCAACCACAGCCGAAGUUGGCAGUGCUCUGGUUAGAUUUGUCAAACGCGGCGGAGUGAGAGAUGUCGGGGUUUGACAAUUUAAACACUGACUUUUACCAGUCCAGCUACAGUGUAGAUGACCAAAACCAAGGCUACGGCAACGCUGAAAACCAAUACAAGCAAUAUGAUGGUCAGUACGACUAUUCCCAACCCAUGGGCUACUCUCCCCCAGGGAUAAUGCAGCCCCAGCAGCCGUACACGGGACAAAUCUUCCAGCCCACACACACCUACACCCCAUCCCCGUCACAAUCUUUGUAUAGUAGCAGCUUUGAUGACGAGCCGCCGCUGCUAGAAGAAUUAGGAAUCAACUUUGACCACAUCUGGCAGAAGACUCUGACAGUGCUCCAUCCGAUGAAGGCAGCAGACGGCAGCAUCAUGAACGAGACGGAUCUGGCGGGUCCCAUGGUCUUCUGUUUGGCCUUCGGCGCAACGCUUCUCCUGUCGGGUAAGAUCCAGUUUGGCUACGUGUACGGGAUCAGUGCCAUUGGCUGCCUUGCUAUAUACUGCCUACUCAACCUGAUGAGCAUGACCGGUGUGUCCUUUGGCUGUGUGGCCAGCGUGCUGGGAUACUGCCUCCUCCCCAUGAUCCUCCUCUCCAGCUUUGGAGUCAUCCUAUCUUUACAGGGCAUGGUGGGAAUCAUACUUACAUCAGCAAUCAUUGGCUGGUGCAGUCUCUCGGCCUCAAAGAUCUUCAUCUCUGCAUUGGCCAUGGACGGACAGCAGCUGUUGGUUGCUUACCCGUGCGCUCUCUUAUAUGGGGUCUUUGCGCUCAUUUCUGUCUUCUAACAAAAGAUAUAUCAACUGUUUGAAUGAAACGCUCCCCCAAAAGGCACCAAGAUUUUCAGCUCUCACUACAUUCCGACUUGACCAUAAUCAGACUUGAGGGUAUUGUCUCACUCGGUCCCUCAUACACCUUUUUAAGGAGAGGACUGUCAAUAAACCGGGUGAAACCGAACUCUCCCGUGGACCAUGUUGAGCCUUCCAAUGAAUUUUUUAAGGACUUAAUGACUCAAGGACCCUAGCCGUUGGUAAUAAUUAACUCAAGGGAGACCCAAGGAGAUUUAAUUUGCACACCAACAGGGAAAGGUUCUCUAUUAAUAUUAAGGACUGGUGAUAAACGACCCUCAUCAAACCCUGCAUGGGGAACCUCCACUUUACUUCUGCGGAAAGACCAAGGUAGCUCAUUUUUACUUCACCACCCAGAAAUCUUCUUUUCCACCAGGACUGAGCAAGUAAUGAGUCAUUUGCUUAUCGCAGCAUGGAUCUAAUCUCUGAUGUAAAAUCAGCAGCGUUGCUACAUCUAUUGUUUUAUUAUAUUCUCUUCAAAGUCAUUCGACUUGUGCUACCCUUCAAGAAGAAAACCUAGUUUGCUCAAAGGCAAAUGUGAUUAGAUGGUGAGAAUGACCAUUCCGAGAGAUAUUGUACAUUUCCAAGCACACACAUGUCUGAAUAGGUCGUUGCUAUAGUUUGCAUCAUUUUCUCAAAUCUUCAUUUGAGAGUCAUUGUGUUGAUGCUUUGAUUCUUCAUCUGUUGUUCAUGUCUUCUCAUGCACAUUAAAGUUAUCUUUGAAAGUG